AUGACACUGAUGAAGAACAGGACAGAUGUGACACACUUUCUCCUGCUGGGACUCACUGAUGACCCAGGACUACAGAUUCCCCUUUUCAUCACCUUCCUCCUCAUCUACACCAUCACCCUAGUGGGAAACCUGGGGUUGAUCUUCCUUAUUGUUCUGGACUCUCGUCUUCAUACACCUAUGUACUUUUUCCUAGGAAAUCUCUCCUUGGUUGAUUUUUGUUAUUCCUCAGCUGUCACCCCCACAGUCAUGACUGGUCUUCUUAUAGGAGACAGGGUCAUUUCUUACAAUGACUGUGCUACUCAGAUGUUCUUCUUUGUAGCGUUUGCUACUGUUGAGAAUUAUCUCCUGGCCUCAAUGGCCUAUGAUAGAUACACAGCUGUGUGUAAGCCUCUAUACUAUACUACUACUAUGACUACAAGUGUGUAUGUGUGCCUUUCUAUAGGUUCCUAUUUCUGUGGCUUUCUGAAUGCCUCCAUCCACAUUGGAGACACUUUCAGUCUUUCUUUCUGUGGGUCUCAUGAGGUUCACCACUUUUUUUGUGAUAUUCCAGCAGUUAUGGUUCUCUCUUGCUCUGACAGACAUGUCAGUGAGUUGGUUCUUGUUUAUGUAGUGAGCUUCAAUAUCUUUUUUGCUCUCUUCAUUAUCUGGAUAUCCUACAUAUUCAUUUUUGCCACUAUCCUAAAGAUGAAGUCAAGUACUGGAUAUCGAAAGGCUGUAUCCACCUGUGCCUCACACUUCACUGCAGUCUCCAUUUUCUAUGGGACGAUUAUAUUCAUGUACUUGCAACCUAGCUCCAGUCACUCCAUGGACACUGACAAAAUAGCAUCUGUGUUCUACACCAUGGUCAUACCCAUGCUGAACCCUAUGGUCUACAGCCUGAGGAACAAGGAGGUCAAUAGUGCAUUAACAAAAGUUUUGCUGAUGGUAAAAUAG